UUUAACCCUCAGUUCGUUAUUUCUGGCUUUAAGGAGUUUACCAGAGCAGAGUUUAGAGGAAUGUACCUACUGGUUGAAUUUGUGGAUGAGGGAACAACAAGCCCGGUGGCAGCAGAGUGGUACCAUGAGGGCAUAUCAUGGUGGCCUCCAUACACAGACAAAGCCAAACUUCUAAAAAGUAUCCGAGGCAGUGAGGUCCCAAAUGUGAGCAGAGGAUGGACACAGCACCAAGCUCGUAUCCUUUACAGCUCAGAUUGUUUGGACAAGGUCGUCCAGAAAUGGAGAAUAUCCUGCGAGACCUCGGAUUUAAAUUCAGACAAUGAUUUCCCACGAAAACGAAAACCUAAAAAGCCAUUUGAAUUUAUUGAAAAGUCUCAAGCAAAAUGGCAUCCCAGCCCUCAAAAACAGAAUCUCAAAAUGAAAAAGAAAACAGUGCAUUCCCUACCACCACCACCAAUACCACCACCACCACCUGCUGACCAUCGAAAUCCUGGAACAAACAGAAGUAUGAUGUCACAGGAUGAGUGCUUCCAGACAAAUGUUCAGGGAUACUCGGAUGAAAUCUCCUUCCCAGAAUCUAGACAAGUGAUGUCAAAGGCCCAGUCCUAUCAGGGAAGAAUUCAGGAUGCUUGGUUCACUGAACCAACACAGCAGAUGAUGUCACAAAUCCAAUUGCUCAGUCAAGAUGGACAGUCCACCAUCACAGAACAAACAGCAGAGAGGGCCAUCUUAGAGAUGCUGGGAAACUGCAGCUCCAGGUCCAGCAUCUCACUUCUGUUAUUACCCAAAGAGGCCCCUUUUUGGGUAACAGCAGCCUGAAGAUGCCACCUGCACCAGCAGAUAAAGAGGAAGAAGAUGGACUUCCACUGGAAAGCAUUCAGGCCUUGAAUGACUUUGAAGUCCAUCUUCAAAACAAGAUCUUCAAGCAAAAAUUGGUGUCAAAACUGUCACUGGUUGGGGGGCAAACACUUAAAAAAACAGUGUGGCGGAUUUGUGGCAAAGUGUUUGCUCCUCAACUAGCUGUGCAGUUGAACUGGUGUGGCAGAGGAGAGAAAACGGCCAUCAAAAACACACACCUGAAAGACACAAUUGUCUUAUCAGCAAUGAGAAACCCGCUGCUCCCCACUCCAAAUGAGGCUGAAGCUGAGAAGAUAAUUAAAGAGUGGCUUCGCCUUUCCAGUGACAGGCUCAGAAAAAGGCAGCGAUAGUUUUUACAUUUAUUUUAUGUUUUAUAUAUAUAAUAGUUUAUGUAUAUAUAAAUACUUGUAAAUAUGUUCUGUUUUUUAAAAGUUAAGGCUAAGUUAGUAGUAUGUAAGUUAUUAUAUAUUUAUAUGUGUAUGUUAAAAUAAGAAACAUUUUAUAUCAAAUGUUUUACAUAAUUU